CGGUGGCUGUUUACAUGGUCAGCCCAUGACAUCAGAGUUCAGACUUUAUAAAUGUCAGCAGGCACAAGAAUGAGCAGUUAACAAACUGUUACACCAGUCGCACCAUACCAUCACACAGGUUAGGGAUAGACUGAGCUCCAUCAACUACAAAAGCCCCAAUGGACCCAACACUAUGUGACUGCUGGACUGCUUUGGUUGGACUGCUGUGUGUGACUACACAGGUGUUAUGUCAGUUGUGUGACAGGCCCUGUUCCUGCCCUGAUGCUGCCCCUAAUUGUCCCGCUGGAGUCCAACUGGUGCUGGAUGGCUGCGGUUGUUGCCGGGUGUGUGCUCGACAACAGGGAGAGCCCUGCACUGAGAUGUUACCCUGUGACACCCAAAAAGGACUACGGUGCGACUACAGCGCCAGCUUCCCGGGGGAUCCCGGACAGUGUGAAAGUCAGAAGGAUCUUGGCUGUGAAUUUAAUGGUAUCACUUAUCAAGAGGGUCAGUCAUUUCAGCCUUCCUGUAAUGCUUACUGCCACUGCAGAGAUGGAGGUGUGAGCUGCGUGCCGGUUUGUCCAGUUGAUGCUCGGCUCCAAACUCCGGACUGUCCUAACCCACAAUACAUCCGGCUACCAGGGAAGUGCUGCAGGGAAUGGGUGUGUGAAAACCUUGAUAACACAGUCCUGCAAGAUGCCAUCACAGCCAUGAAACUGGACAGGUGGUCUGCUCUGUCAAGGAAUCACCCUCUAAGAAAACUGGCUCCUACCUGUGUAGAAAGGAGCACUAAAUGGAGCGCCUGCUCCCAGAGCUGCGGGGCCGGGGUCUCCACAAGGGUGUCCAACCAGAACCCCACCUGCAAGCUGCAAAUGGAAACUCGACUUUGUAAAGUGCGGCCUUGCCAUGAUGUGCAAUCGAUCUUGAGGAAACCCGCGAGGGGACAGCGAGAGAGGUGUAAACCCAGUUACACAUCACCGAGGCCCGUUCACCUCGUUCAGCGAGGGUGCUACAGCCUUCGGGCCUACCGGCUGCGGUACUGUGGACAGUGCACCAGCUCCCUCUGCUGCACGCCUUACCAAACCUCUACUGUUCAGGCAACCUUCCGCUGCCCCACGGGCAGACUUUUACAACGAGCCGUGAUGAUGAUCCAUUCAUGCGUGUGUCACAACUGUCCUUAUGUGCCGUAUACUAACCCUGCUCUUUGGGGAUACAGGCCAUGAGUGGGACUGAUGCACUAAGAACAGUAAGAUAGAUUCAACGGCUGAAAGGUGACAGAUUUUUUUUUUGUCCCCUGGCAGUUCAACAUAACCAAUAAUGGAGAAAAAAGAGAAGACAGUUAUGACAGGAAAUAGAAAAAAUCAACGUUGAUCUAUACACACAGACAAACUUUGCACUAAUUCCUACCUUUUUCAUAUGUUCUGCAAAAUUCAGGAUAUUCUGGAAAUGACUAAAUUACUACAUUUUCUUUUGACUUCAUCCAAAAAUGUGUUAACAAAGAAGCUAAAGCAUCAUCAACGGGAAAGAUUUAUUGGUAAAUUCGCACUUGAGUAGAUGAAGAUUUCUCAAGAUUUGCACUCAUUUGUAGUCUAAACAAUUCAAUUUGAAUUGGCAUGGGGAAAAAAACUACACAUACAGUAAAUGACUGUUUUAUACAAAAAUAAAUCCAUCAAUUCAGCUGAUUUCACUGAUCAAAAUAGUAAUUGUUUCCAAGAUGUAUUUAGGUAUCUGUAAUUCUAAGUUUCAUUGUAUUUCUCUGUUAAUUCCAAUGCAUUUUUUUGCUCAGUUUUUCCCACAGAACGAUUCUGAACCUUGUGUUGACAGAAACAAUGCAACUUUUAACUUGUACAGUUUUGCUAUUGAGUUUAUAUUUGACUACAUUGCACUUAUUUUUAAUUUAGUAUUUUUUUGUAUAUAAUUCUGAACAGAUGUUUAAUGCCUUGCAUUAUACAUGCCCUGCAUUUUCACUGAAUUUUGUGUGUCCUGUUUAU